CGACUUCAUGAGUUUGCUGGCUCUGGCUCGCCUUUAUGUUUCCCACCCACUCCAAUCCAAACAAAGCGUCCUUCAGAUUUCUAGCAGAACCUUGUGGAAAGGAGUGCAUUUUCGCAGCCCAAAAAGCUUUCUCUAGCUCUCUGGGGGGAGACUGUGGAUUACCCAAAGAGAACCAUGGCUGGAACAUUUAGAAAGUGCAUGAUGCUAUGCUGUACAAGCAAGGUUUCGAGGGAAGACAUGGCGACAGAGUCAUACGAGGAGGCCAUUGCAGAACUCACGAAGCUUCUCAGUGCCAAUGCUGACCUCGGGGAAAUUGCCGCCGCAAAGAUCAAGCAGAUAACGGCCGAGUUGCAGGCGGCCGAUUCGAAGCAGUUCGAUCCGGUCGAGAGGAUCAAAACCGGGUUCAUACACUUCAAGAAACAUAACUUUGAAAAGAAUCCUGCAUUGUACGGUGAUCUUGCCAAAUGCCAGAGCCCCAAGUUUUUGGUAUUUGCAUGCUCAGACUCUCGAGUCUGCCCCUCCCAUAUCCUGAAUUUCCAACCGGGGGAGGCCUUUAUGGUACGAAACAUCGCCAAUAUGGUCCCGCCAUACGACAAGACCAAAUACUCUGGCGUGGGGGCGGCAAUUGAAUAUGCAGUUUUGCAUCUGAAGGUCCAAAAUAUAGUGGUAAUUGGACACAGCUGCUGUGGUGGUAUAAAGGGACUCAUGUCUAUUCCGGACGAUGGGACCACUGCCAGUGAUUUCAUUGAGCAAUGGGUCCAAAUCUGCUCACCCGCGAAGGCCAAGGUUAAGGCAGAUCACAGUGAGUUAAGUUUCGCGGAGCAGUGCACCAACUGCGAGAAGGAGGCUGUGAAUGUGUCGCUGGGAAACUUAUUGACGUAUCCGUUUGUGGGAAAUGCUGUGGCGAACAAAACAUUAGCUGUGAAGGGUGCACACUACGAUUUUGUCAAAGGAACUUUUCAGCUCUGGGAUCUUGAGUCCAAAGUUUCGCACUUCUUUUCUGAAUGAGCAUCUGGUACACUGUCGUUCUGUUCAUCUCGUACGUACGUAAUUGUUUUUUGUUUUCCGACGUUGCGUGCUGUACAUGUUGUCUUAAAUAACACGUUUGGACACAUACUGCAGUAUUCCAUGAAAUUACUUCUGGAAAUCUAUGUGAUAUCUGGCUUGAAUAAAUAUAAUACUACUUUUUUAAUCCUCUAA